AUGGGAGUCCUGAACUGCUGCCGGCAAUUCUUCUGCGGUGAAUGCAGCAGAAGAUUGCUGCAGCCUCGCUUGUUUGCAUGCAACAGCAGCAGCAACAGCAGCAGCAGCAACAGCAACAGCAGCAUCAGCAGCAGCAGCAGCAACUUUAGGGGGGCCCCGCGCCUUCUGUACAGCCGAAGAGUCGGUUCAAGGCAGCAGGUUAUAACAGCAGAAACAAGCAGCAGCAGCAGUAGCAGCAGCAGCAGCAGAAGGAGCAGCAGCAGCAUCAGCAGCAGCAGAAGGAGCAGCAGCAGCAGAAGUUGCUGCUGGCCUUCUCAUUUGCAGUUUGCGGUGUACAUACACCGGACGCUGCAACAGCCGCUGCAGCAGGCAUACGCUGCAACAGCUGCUGCUUCUGCGUCAACUGCAGCAGCAGCAGCAGCAGCAGCAUCAGAGAGGCCUCUCUAUAGAGCGGAUGACCCUUGGGAGCAGGCGCAGCAGCAGCAGCAGCAACAGCAGCGACGGCAGCAGCAGCAGCAGCAGCAACAGCAGCAAGAGGCGCAUCCCUAUGGAACUGCAGCGCUAAACACCCCAACCUUUUCAAGCCGCAGCAGCAGCAGCAACAACAGCAGCAGCAACAGCAGCAACAACAACAUCAGCAGCAGCACCAGCAGCAGCAACAGCAGCAACAACAACAACAUCGGCAACAACAACUUGAGCAACAGCAACUGCAGCAACGGCAGGAUCAGCAGAAGCAGAACCAGCAGCAACAACAGCAACAGCAGCAGCAGCAGCAGCAGCAACAGCAGCAGCAGCAGCAGCAGCAGCAGCAUUUAUGAAGACGUUUUAUUCUUUCCUUUGGUGUUGAGCAGCGAUGUACGCUCUGCGCGAUCGCCUGCAGCAAUAACAGCAGCAUUAACGAAGGAGUUGCUGCAGCAGCAGCAGCAGCUGCAGCCUGUAUGUUCUGAUUAUCUGAAGCAGCUAUCAGCAUUCCUGUUGCUGCUGCAGGAAGUGCUGCAGCAGCAUCAUCAGCUGCGAGGAGUCUCUGUUGCGGCAUUUGGGUCGUGCGUCUCAGGUGUCUGGACAGCAGCAGCAGAUGUAGAUGUAUGUUUGCUGCUGCCUGGGUGCAACACUCGUCAGCAGCAGCAGCAAGCGCUUCGUGCUGCUGCUUCUCUGCUGCAGCAAGUUAAGUCGUAUUAUGUAGAGACGAGAUAUUUUGCUGCUGUCCCUCUGCUGCACUGGGCCCCCCGCAGCAGCAGCAUUGUUGCUGCUGCAGCAACUCUGCUUUCUUCUCGCAGCGGGGGCCCCCGAGUGCAGCAGCAGCAGCACCUGCAGAAGCAGCAGCAGCAGCAACUUGCAUGCGAUAUAAGCGUAAAUAAUCUGCUGGGAGUUAUUAAUAGUCGCCUUGUUGCGGUGUAUGUGCAGCUCGAACCCCGACUAAAGACAUUAUGUAUAUUAAUAAAAGCAUUUGCUGCAUGCAGAUGCAUUAACAGCAGAGCUGAGGGCAGCCUAUCAUCUUUUUCAAUCACUCUACUGGCUAUACACUUCUUACAGCAGCAGCUGCUGCUGCCGCUGCUGCAGGACAUAGCGCAGCAGCAGCAGCAGCAGCAAGUCUUCGUUCACGGCGUUGACUGCAGAUUCUGCUGCGACCCCCUGCUGCUGCAGCAGCACAUGCAGCAGCUCUACGCCAAACAUACAUCAGACCCGAAGCUAGCAGAAGCAGCAGCAGCUGCUGCUGCUGCUUCUGUUGCUGCAGGGGUCUCCCAGCAGCAGCAACUGCACCUGCACGUGCAGCAGCAACAGCAGCAGCAGCAGCAAGCAAACACGAGCGACGGUGCUACCGCAGCAGCAGCAGCAGCAGCAGCAGCAGGAGCAGCAGGAGCUGCUCCGACGCAGCAGCAGCAGUACGAAAUGCUGCUGCAGCAGCAUCAGCAGCUGCCAGGGCCGAGCGUUGGUGAGCUGCUGCUGCAGUUCUUUUACUACUAUGCAUAUGAAUAUAAAGGGGGUCCUAUAGCUAUACGCACCCUCCCCAGCAGCAGCAGCAGCAGCAGCAGCAGCAGCAGCAGUUUUUUGCAUGUAGAUAAUCCGUUUGAAGUGGUGCCAGCGCGAGUUAUUGAAGGCGUAGGCCGCCGCAUGCAAAGUCAGCAAUACUACGAUGCGCAGCAACUAAUUAAAACAUUCUCAAACAGGUAUAAUUUGAAAGGACAACCCGAAAUUUCGCUGGCGAUUUGCGUUGAAUUCACCCGCCAAUUUGCAGCAAAUGGACAGGGGGCCCUCGCCUUAGACCUAGCGAACCUCGCGCUGCAGUGCAUGCAGCAGCAGCAGGAGCAGCAGCAGCAGCAGCAUCCAACGGAGGCCCAGCUGCAGCUGGCAGCGGAUUUAUUAACAGCAGCGACUGCGAAGGUAGAAGGAGGGCCCACAGCAAAAGACAUUGCAAACUAUGUCAGCAAAGCUAUAAAUUGGGGGAAGGCCCCAAAUGACUCUGUGGGGCCGCUGGUUAUUCAUAAGGCGGCAGCAGCAGCAAAUCUGCGCAUGCAAAACUACGGAGGUAGGGGAUUUGGGCGUUGGUAG